CAAGAACGUUCCUAAGAAGGCAUCGUUUUUGAAAAGAGAUUUGGAUGCUAGGGCACAGUCCGAGGCCUACAGGCUUAUGUUUAGGCUUCCGGCAAGUGAGAAAUUGGAUGGAUCCAUUGAUUGCACCUUGUUAACACCGUACAAUAAAAAAUUUGUGGCUGGGCGGUUAUUUUUGUCUCAAAACUAUGUUUGUUUUGACAGUAGGAUCAAAGCACAAGUUAGUGUGGUAAUUCCAUUACGCGAUGUUGUCAGCGCUGAAAAAAUAGAAACAAACGUUUCCAAUCAGGCGCUUGAUAAGGCGAUAAUAGUGACAACCAGGGAUGUGUUGAACAAGACUAAUUUUAUAUUUGCACAAAUACUGGACAGGGAUUUUGUCGUUGAAAAGUUGUCCGAGCUCCUAGCCAAAACUCAAGAAAUGACGACGUUUUCUGGCUCAAACAGAUCGAAAGGAUCGCUGGUUGACCUAGAACCAGAGUGGAAGCCUCAACAGGCUUUGAUGAACAUUUUUCCACUGAGUCCGAUACCCGAGGUGAACAAGAGGCAACAACAACGUGCCAGGGAGUGGGAAGAACACUUUAACACCUACGGAAGAGGAGUGUGGAUGUACCGAACGACGGAAGUAGCCAAAUUGGUGCUGGAAGGAAUCCCCGACCAUUUGCGGAUGCAGAUCUGGAUGUCUUUUUCAG